AAACAUGUCUCAGCAAAAUCUCCAAUAAGCCUCCCCAACCAACACCCAAAGGGGAGGAGUCUAGUGUUCUAAUAAAAUUUCUGAGCAGAAAAAUAAAAAUAUAAAAAAAUGUCAGGAAAGAUAAUUGUAUCAGUUGUUUCGCUUAUCCUUGUUGUAGGUGUUGCCAUCGGUGUUGUUGUCGCUGUUCACAAGAAAGGUGAAGAUCCUGAGAUUCAAACUCAACAAAGAUCUCUUAGAGUUAUUUGCCAAAAUGCAGAAGACCAAAAACUAUGCCAUGAAACUCUUAGCUCUGUCAGUGGCGCCAACGCUUCAGAUCCUAAGGCAUACAUAGCGGCUGCAGUGAAAGCAGCCACUGACAAUGUCAUUAAGGCAUUUAACAUGAGUGAUAGACUCACUGUUGAGUAUGGCGACAAGGAUAGCGGCAUCAAGAUGGCUCUUGAUGAUUGCAAAGACUUGAUGCAGUCUGCUUUAGACAGUCUUGAUCUCUCCAACACAUUGGUUCGUGACAACGACAUUCAAUCUGUUCAUGCCCAAAAUCCUGAUCUCAGGAAUUGGUUGAGUGCAGUUAUCUCUUACAAACAAGCUUGCAUGGAAGGAUUUGACGAUGAAAAAGAGGGUGAGAAGAAGAUUAAGGAUCAAUUACAAUCUCAGACUAUAGACCGCGCGACAAAGAUCACCGCUGUUGCACUUGACGUUGUGGCUGGUUUGUCCAACAUACUCCAAGAAUUCGGUUUGAAAUUGGAUCUCAAACCCGCUUCUCGUCGUCUUCUAUCUGAGGAAAUCCAUAACGAGCAAGGAUUCCCUGCAUGGGUCUCUGCUACCGAUCGCAAGCUUUUGGCUCAAAUGCAAGGAAAAGGAUGGAGAUCAAAAGUUAAGCCUAAUGUUGUUGUUGCCAAGGAUGGUACUGGCCAAUUUAAAACAAUUAUGGAUGCCAUUAACUCUUACCCUAAGGGAAACAAAGGAAGAUAUAUUAUCUACGUUAAGGCUGGUAUCUAUGACGAGUACAUCACUGUCCCCAAACAGUGCGUUAACUUGCUUAUGUACGGUGAUGGCCCUCAAAAGACCGUUAUCACCGGUCAUAAGAACUAUGGCAAGGAUGGUAUCAAGACCAUGCAAACCGCCACCUUUGCCAACACCGCAACUGGGUUCAUUGCAAAGGCAAUGACAUUUGAGAACACUGCCGGUCCUGAUGGUCAUCAAGCUGUUGCUUUGAGAAACCAAGGAGAUAUGGCUGCUUUCGUUGGUUGCCAUAUCUUAGGUUACCAAGACACCUUGUACACUCAAACCAACAGGCAAUUCUACCGCAACUGUGUCAUCUCUGGUACCGUUGAUUUCAUCUUUGGAACAUCUCCCACCUUGAUCCAACACUCUGUGAUCAUCGUAAGGAAGCCUAACAACAACCAAUUCAACACAAUUACCGCAGACGGAUCAGCGGAUUCUAAGAGCAUCAACACUGGUAUUGUGAUCCAGGACUGCCAAAUCGUACCAGAGGCAGCAUUGUUCCCCGUAAGGUUCCAAAUCAAAUCUUACUUGGGCAGACCAUGGAAGGCAUAUGCAAGGACAGUCGUUAUGGAAUCCACCAUCGGUGACUUUAUUCAUCCAGAUGGAUGGGCCCCUUGGUCAGGUGAUCAGUUUUUGGACACACUUUACUAUGCAGAGUAUGCCAACACUGGACCUGGUGCCAAUGUUGCCGGAAGAAUCAAGUGGAAGGGUUAUCACGGUGCCAUUAGCCAGGCCGAAGCUACGAGAUUCACCGCUGCUGAAUGGCUCCAGGCUGGACCCAAGUCUGGAACCGAUUGGUUGAAGGCUCUUCAUGUUCCUCACUACCUUGGCUUCAAAGCUUGAAAAUUAAUUAAAUAUGUAACUUACAAUAUGAAUGAUGGCACACAGACAAAUUGUUAUUCUUUGUAAUUAUCUUUCCUGUUUUUGUCUAGGAGAUUCACCAUAAAUACAUCUCAAAAUUUGCUCGGACUAAGAUUUAUUAUAAGCUUCAAUUUUCAUAUUUUAUUCAGUAUCUUUAUCUCUCACUUAGCCUUAAAAAUAUAUUCUGAAGUCCAAAAAACAAUCUAUUCUCACAUAAUAGCCGUUCUCGUAUGCAAGUGAGAAAUAGAUUGACUUUGUAAUUGAAAUUACUCUAUUAUCAAAAGAAAUUACUCUAAUAAUGUUCAUGAUUUCUUAUGAAUCA